UCUUGCGGGGCACCACUGUACUGGUAACAUUGUGGAGAGGUGGGAAAACUUACGACUGGGGACCAUAUCCAGCCUGACAAAUCUUUUUCCAAGUUUGGAUAACAUAAUCUGCAUGGCUUCUUCGUUGUCUCCAGCUUCCAGGAGGACUGGGGCAAGACUGAAAUUGCCUUCUUAUAUGGCCAAGAAUGAUUGCAUAGUGUCUGUUGUUCACUGCCCGAGUGUUUUUUUGUCUGUAGGCUUUUUGGGGUUGAUGGUAGGAAACGGGGGAGCAUUUUUACUUUCUUUCUCGCCAGCUACAAACGGGUGGAGAGGAUGGGGAAAAGCAAUAGAGAGGAACAUAUUCCAUUAAUUCUGUUGCUUUCUCUUCAGGCAGAGGCAGAUCUGGCCAGAAACUUCCCAGGGAAGCAGGUAUCCAGCUCAAAUAACGCUCCCUUCUCCCGCCUUCCUGACAAGCCUUCCCGAGUGGAUCGUCUGAUUGUGGACCAGUUCCGGGAGCAGGCAAGAGUACACACUUUAGUUGGGAAAAUGGAGCGGCUUUGUGGUCAUCCUGUCCAUGGGAACAUAUCUGCCACUUUGAGAUGUCAUUUGGAAGCCAUCUGUGCUACCCGAGCAAGGCGCAAGGAUGAGAUUGUUAAUGCUGCUAAUCAUCAGAGGCAAGGAAUAUCUCGUUACAACAAUGAAAAAGAUGUCCUUGCUCUGGCGGUUGCCCUUAAAGAUUUGGCUUUCUUCACACGAAAAACACGUACAGCUUUAUGGUGUGCUCUUCAGAUGACCCUGUCGAAAACUUCAAUGAACACGCCAGCAAAAAAAGAAGAAGUGGAAAGGGCCUUGCAAGAGCUCUGUCCUGUCAUUGGUAGUUUGCAAGUGAAGGACAUCGUGGAGCAUGAUGACAAAGAAAACAAGAGAGAGAACCACGAACUGCCUCCACAGGUCAUACAGUGAAUGCAUCCAAGUAAUUGCAGCAGUGUAGAAAAUACGCCAGGCUUCCAGCAAGUCUAGUGGAUCUGUGCUGCGUUUCCACUGCUGAGAUUCAAGCCUAGAUAACAUGCAUUUCUGUAGUAGUAUUGCAGCAGUCUUAAUAUUGGUGGUAUAUGUCUAGGGUGUAAAAUAGAAAGGGUCAACUUAAGUGGAGACAAGCAAUAGUAGUUCAUACUCUUGGCCACCAAUCCAAAGCCAUUGACUAGGAAACUAGCAAGUGGCGAAGCUAAUUGUGAUACCAAUCGAACACACAGUGCCACUUCAUUCCUCGGUUUUGUAAUGCUAAUAUUUUAAGUGCCAAAGUCAUUACUGAAUACUGUUUGUUUCACACUGAUAAAUAAUAAUGCACAUUUAUUGUGGCAUUGUCCGGAGCUGAGGAAGAAAUUGCCAGUGGUCUGGCUCACAGUAGUUACAUUAAAUCAGCAGCUCAUGUUAGUUGCGUUAAAUCUGGAAGGAGUGUUGGAAGGUGUAUUAGCAACAAAGGUGUCAAGCUGCACUAAUCGAAACUUCAGCUUCCAUAAGUGUGGUAGAACAACAGAAUCUGUUGAUUCUGAAAGAAAAUCAAAAGGAGUUAUAAAUGUGUAGCAUUAAGUAUUGCAUUAUAGUGAGCAUUAGCCAGUGAGAUUAAAUUGUUUAGAUUUAGAAAUGGAAUAUAUCGAUGCCUUAGUGGCUUAAAACUACUAUUUAACUUGUUAUGCACUUAAUGAACAUAUGGCUAUUAAUGAUUUGAGUAUUUAUUUUAAUGGUUAAUAUAUUAUUUUUAUUUUAUUUUAAUAUAUGUUUUGAUCUAUUGCAAGACCUAAUAAUCAGGCUUAUGUUUGCUCAGGGUCUGUAUGUGUGUGUGUAUAUAUAUAACCUAUAAAUAUACACAGUAUAUAAUGUUUGUGGAGAUGGGAUGUUUGUAGGAAUAGCUAUAUAAAACUAAUCUGUACUAGGUUACCAAAGCUGGCUGAUUUAUUUUUAGCAUGAGGAAAUUUUGUAUGUUUAAUCACCAUCAUUAUUAGGCUUCAUACUGUGUCUUGGACAAUCAGAUAUAUUAUAUGGCCAUUGUGAAUGUAUAAGGCAAGAACUGGAACAGAUGAGGCACCAGUCCAAAAGUUUCACUGUAAUGUUGGGGACAGCUUCGUACAAAUAAUGGGGUAAGGGGUGCACACAUAAAUUGGUCCCUGACAAAUUGGGCGAGAGGAGACCCUAGUCAUAGGAAGUGGUGUGUAUGGUACUGAGCUUCAGUGUGUGACAGGAAUCUCUGGAUUGGAGCGUUAAUGUUUGGGUUCUUAUCACUUAGGAGUAUUAAUGUUUUAACAAUCUUGUAAAACGUGAGAAUACCUCUUAUGUACUGAUAAACAAGUAAUGUGUGUGUGUGUGUGUGUGUGUGUGUGUGUGUGUGUGUGUGUGUGUGUGUUUUAUAUGUCCGUGGCAAAUUCUGGAGAACAGUUGUCUCAGUUCAAAGAAUCAUUUUGGAAAUGUGAGGGAUCCUGGUAGAAGAAACCUAGUUUGAGUGCUUGGAACGGAUUUUACUUGCUUACUAAUUUGUUAAAUUGGCUACUGCUCCCGGAAGCGUAAUUAAUGGAUUUGUCAUAAAUGUACUUAAUCUCUCUCCCCAGACCUCAGGCCCAGCUUUGAGCCCUAUUGUGUACAGGUAAUGAAGAAGUUCUACCUCUGGCCUGUCUAGGUCAAACUCUGCCCCCUCCCAGCCACUUCCUGUUUAGCUGAGAAGCGAGCAGAGACAGGCAGCGCUAGACAGCCACCUAUAGCUGUGGUGACAAUGCGUAGCGCAACCUUCACCCAGUCUGCCUCCCACCAAAUGCUGGCACAAAAGGAGCAGUAAAGCAAAAAGGAGCCUGACUUUGUGAAUGUUUAGAGUAAAUGUAAUAAUGAGUAAAAGGACUGUAAGGUGUGUGUAGCAGGAACUUGCAGAUACCUCAUGCUCUCCCUCUUCAUUUUAAAAAACAAAGGAAUCAUCGAAAGGCAUAAUAAUCCAAGUGCCAUUUUCUUCGUUUGGUAUUUUCAGCCUUUGUAUUGGUUAUUGCUGAGAAAUUAUGCUUUGUGCAUUUUGCACUAAAUGUCAUGAGGUCAUAUAUGCUUUGUGGAUUAGAAUUAGUUUACAGUGUGAGGAGUUGAUCAUAUUUUACUCUUAACAAUCUUACUGUGUUUAGAAACAGUGGUUUGGUAGUCUUUCCUUUUUUUUCUGUUGACCAAAUCAUGGUACUUCUCCAGGACUGCUUUGUAGCAAUGGGUGUAUUAGACACUUCGAGUUAUUAAUUUGUGAAAACUGUUUAAAACUGUGGUUAUAAUUGGUGGUUAUAAGUAAUGUGCCUUUCGAAGUCUUAAAAGAUAAAAUAUAACUGUGUACUCACUUUUUGUUGCAACCAAGCAAUAUAUUUAAAGGGAUUAUAAUAAGCUGCAUUUGAUAGCUGUAGUUUACAGUAUGAAUGUUUCAUAAUCAGUUUCCAGCAUUGGUUUCCCUAGCUUUAGAAUAUAUAAAACGUGCCUGUUUUAGUUAUCUUGCCUAUGAAGGCAUCCAUUCUCAUUUAAUUUUCUUUUGUGCUGGCUUUUUUUUUUUUAGUAGAAAACGGCUAUAACGUAUGCCCACCAAAAGAUAAAAUUAAAUUUAAUGCAUGUGAACUGAAAUUCAGUUUCCUGCUGGUGGAAAAAAGUUCUAUUGCACUUGCAUUGAUUUGUGCAGGAUGUUUUUCUAGCAGUAUUAAGUUCAGCUGGCUGAUGGUCACAUGGUACUAAUGCCACAUAGGGCAUGCACUUACAUGUGUUGUGGAAUCAAUACAUGGGCUCUUGACAUGGAGAUACAGAACAGUUGCACUGCUUUUAAUCCUGAACUUCGCCUAUACAUGUUAAGCUGGAAGAUAAGGCAUGCUCAGAACCAAUGCAGUUCUUGCCCCCUCUGACUCAUGUCAAUAUGUACCAAUGCUCCAAAUAAAGCACACUGUGAUGUCCCAGCUAACAGCUCCUGCUGAACUUGCCCUGUGAGCACUCUGAUAUCAGGUGUGUUAAAUUAUUAUGCAGUUUAGAUAUGCAAAACUUAGAGGUUCCUAAUCUAAAAUAAGAGAUUUGUCUGAAAGUGUGUGCAUGUGUGUGUGUUGCAAACUUUUUGUGAAGAUGCGUUCUGUUGUUUUCUUAUGCUGGGAUGUUGGAAACUGAGAAGUGUAGCAGAUGACCAUAAAGCUAAAUGUGACUCUAGUUUGCUUUAUUAUUUGGCAUUUGGUUUAAGUAGGGCUUGUUUAUUUGUAGACAAAAUGCUCCUAGAAUGUUGCAACAUUUAGCCUUAGGAUGAUCUACAAAGUGAGUAGUGCAUUAAUGGCUUGGCUCCAGAGGAGCCCUUCUGCAAAUUGAAAUUCGACAGCGGGAAGGUGAUUUCCUUCCAUCCCCUCUGCUCCCACCCUAGCUGUUCCAAAGGAUCACCCAACUCUGCAGAUCCUUUAUAGCAGGAAAGUGUUUAAUUCUGUAAACAAAAGACCACCGACCAAUAUCUGGAUCCAUUUCCCCUUUUUUAAAAAACCACCCUGAUCUUCUGUUACCUAAAGCUACAGAAUUCACCAGGCAAAGGUUGCUUUGCAUGUGCCCAGAAGCACUUGUGCUUUUCGUUCCUGUUCUUUGGAGCAACACUCUCAACGCCUAGUUCUAAAAUUCACAGUCUCCCAUGGGGCUGUCACGGGGUUGCUGCUUUGAACAAAGCUCUACUGAGCAUAUGGAAUACUUUGCAUUUUUUUCUGAACUUUGGCUAUAAUAAUAUCUACAGUGAAUGGACAAAACUAAUUAGAUAACAUUAUUUUGGUUUUAAUGGUUCUUAUUGACCAUUGUUUUAGUUACCUAUUUUUAUGUUUGAUGGUGUUUGGUUUUCCUUUAAUGUUUUGCACCAAUAAAUGCUAGAAACAGGAUUAUCUGUAAAAAAACAAUGCACCUUUAGAAUGAGGAAAAGAGACUGCUUUCAUUUAAGCCUAAAUAUUCUACUGUAGACACCUAGUCAGCCUGCAAAUUUACAAGUUUUUGAGAAGUGUGUGUGUGUGUGUGUGUGUGUGUGUUUUUACUCGCCUGUCUGGAAACCCAGCUUGAAAUUGUACCCUGCAUGGUUUUAUGGGUCUUAAUCACCAGCACACUUAAACUUUUGGUAAACAUUUAUAUAAAAUUACGAAAAUGAAUAGUUGUACUUGUAAGUGCUUUUACAACAGAAUUUCGUAGCAUCUUGUAAGUAAUUUUAAAAGUCAAUUUUUUUUUGUUCUAGGUUUCAUUUUUUAAAAGAAAAAUGUGGGUGGGUUUUUUUUUGUUAAACUUAAUAGCAAUACUACAGUUUUGAGUGGAAAAAAAGUGUUAAGUUACUUAUUCAGGUUUAGCUGAAUAGGACAGCUUUAGCUGGUUGGUGAGAAACGUUUAACAAAACUGCAACAAUUAGUAAUAUAUCUUGCCUGCUUUGCCAAAUAAACUAUAAAUUAUUGUACUUGUUGGCAAAAUUGAUAAGAAAAAGAGAUGGCUGUAUACUGGGCAGGAGGUCAGCUCAAAACAAGUGAGUACAGAAUGUCUGGUGUGCAGAAACACGAGCCUUUUCUUUCAAAUGAGACCAUUUCCAGUGCAUUUUGGAAGAGAAGCUUAAAUUUGUUUUUAUUAUAAUGUGAAGACAUACUAUUUUACUAUGCUGUUUGAUACCUUGUGCAUCUUCAGCCGAUCUUGUCGAAUGGUAAAAAUGUGUACACUUUGCUUACAUAAUUGAAAAAACUAUUGUGAUUUGAUCGAUUGGCUAGUUUGAACUGAAACAUGUUGACAGAGAGGUCAGUUGCUAUAAGAUACUUUACCGCUGGUCAGUUCAGGUGCUGAUUCGUUGUAUCUGGAAACAAUUGUGGGUCUGAAACCUGCAAAAAUCCCACUUCUACCUCUCUUGUAACUUUCUGGAUGAUGGUGACGAUGGUGAUGAUGAUGAUUGUUCUACACUAACCUGUGGUAUUACUUUAAGUGAAAUGGGGUGCCAUGUAGCUAUGGCUAAAUCAUCACUUGUGUGAAGUCACUUAACAUGUGUUCACUUGUCCAUUAUAUUAGGAAAAUGGUAUGCUUGUAGAAAGGCACAAAAAGUUGUGAUGUCUUGAAAAAGGUUUGUUAAGAGUUUUGGUGAAUCAAAAUCAUGGUGAGUGAUUUAUUCUAGCAUUGUUUUUAUAUAUAAUGUUAACUUGGUAUGAGCUUGAUUGCUACAAGUAUUUUCAGUUCUAUCUAUGUUUCAUUAUCUGCUGCUGGUUCCCAUAUAAGAUAUACUAUUUUCCUUUUCUUUUUUGUAAUUUUCACUCAGUGCUUAUUAUGUGUGCUGGCUAACACUUAAACAAUUAAAGUAUUUAAUAUUUAAA